CCUCACAGCCCAACCAAACAACACGGAAGAGACAACCACAGGAACAGCAGCUGCGGAGCUCCACGGCCUCCCUCUGCCCCCUGGUGGCGAGAAGGAAGAAAAGCAGGAGCAAGUGCUGAAAACGAAAAGGAAACUAGCAGCAGUCCCACUAACGACAAUGGAUCAGCCCUCAUUUGGCCAACAGGUGACUCUACCCCAGGCUGGCCUGAGAGGACCCAUUUCCCAUCUCACUAUUCUGCCCCAGUGCCCUGGAUCCUGCCUCUACCACUUCUUCCCUGCAGCGUCUUCGGUUCCCCCACCGCUGUGAGCCAGGUUCCCCCUCCAGGCUGCUGGGCUGAGACUGAGUCACUUCUUCCCAGGCUGUAAAUCCUGGGACAGCUCUGCAAGGCACCGUCACUAGGGACGGACUCAGGCAGCAGAGCCGCGCUCUCGUACCCCAGCCAGCCAGGCUCUCCUGGGAUCUGGGCUGGAAGAAGCUGCCGAGACCAUCAGUCCAAUCCUUGGUCUACAGGUGGGGAAACUGAGGCUCAAGGAAGGUAACUUGCUGUGUCACCCGAGAUAAGUCACUUCCCCUCUAUAGUCUCUGCAUACUGCUUUAUGUAAGGAGAGAGCUGGGCAGUGAGGCCAAGGGUCUUUCCUGGGCUCACAUCCAAGUCGGAAGGAAUCACAUCAUUUUCAAGUACCCAUGGCAGAAGAGGCAGCCAUCCUCAAGAUCACCAAAGACCUAAGAGCUGCCGUCUCUGCCAUCCUCCAGGGCUAUGGGGAUGGGCAGGGGCCAGUGACGGAUACCAGUGCCGAGCUGUACAGACUCUGUGGCUGCCUGGAGCUGCUGCUACAGUUUGACCAGAAAGAGCAGAAGAGCUUCCUGGGGACUCGGAAGGAUUACUGGGACUUUCUCUGCACUGCCCUACGACGGCAGCGGGUGGACAUGGAGCCAAUCCACUUUGUCCGUUCCCAGGACAAGUUGAAGACCCCUCUGGGGAAAGGCCGUGCCUUCAUCCGCUUCUGCCUGGCCCGUGGGCAGCUGGCUGAGGCCCUGCAGCUCUGCCUCCUAAACCCAGAGCUCACCAGGGAAUGGUAUGGACCCCGCAGCCCUCUGCUCUGCCCAGAACGCCAAGAAGACAUCCUGGACUCUCUCUAUGCUCUCAAUGGGGUGGCCUUCGAAUUGGACCUCCAGCAGCCAGACCUGGAUGGAGCCUGGCCCAUGUUCUCAGAGUCACGCUGCUCCAGUUCCACCCAAACCCAGGGAAGGAGACCCAGAAAAACCAAAGAUGCCCCGAAGAAGAUCCCAGCUGCAUAUGGAAGGCCCGAAAAUGUCCAGAUUGAGGACUCACACACCAAUCAAGCUGUCUGUCUGCAAGAUGCACCCAGUGGACAGCAGCUGGCAGGGCUGCCCAGGUCCCAGCAGCAAAGGCAUCUUCCUUUCUUUUUGGAAAAGAAGGGGGGAAAUUCCAGGAGACAUAGGUACCCCCAGAGUAUGUGGGAACCAGAAGAAGAGGAGCUUCAACUAGACCAGGAGGAAGGAACCCCAUGGAUUGAGAUGUUCCUGGGGAACUCAACACCCAGCACCCAGGGACAGGGGAAGGGGGCUAUGGACACUCAGAAGGAGGUGAUAGGGAUGGAGGCUGAGGGCACAGGGGUUCUGCUGGGUGCAGAGGGUCAGAGAACAACAGAGGAGACUCAUGAAAAGGAACCAGAGUGGAGUCAUGUCCAGAGGCUGCUGAUGCCCAGCCCCAGAGGGACCAUAGCGGGAACAGUAUCAGGGAGCAGGCAGGGAUCGGGGGACUCUAGCAUCCUGGGGGAGCCCUGGGUCCUUCAGGGACUCACAACAAAGGAAGACUCUACCAUGGAGAAUCCACAAGUGCAAACAGAAGUUACCCUUGUGGCCAGAAGGGAGGAGCAAGCCGAGGUGUCCCUGCAGGACGAGAUCAAGAGCCUCAGACUUGGGCUCCGGAAGGCCGAGGAGCAGGCCCAGCACCAGGAGCAGCUGCUGAGGAAGCAGGAGGGGGAGUUGCAGGCACUUCGGGAGCAGCUCAGCAGGUGUCAGGAAGAGAGAGCCGAGCUGCAGGCACAGCUGGAGCAGAAGCAACAGGAGGCUGAGAGGCGGGACGCCAUGUACCAGGAGGAGCUUGGAGGGCAGCGGGACUUGGUCCAGGCCAUGAAGAGGCGGGUGUUGGAACUGAUCCAAGAGAAGGACCGCCUGUGGCAGAGGCUCCAGCAUCUUUCUUCCAUGGCCCCUGGGUGCUGUGUGGCCUGUAGCAAGAUCUUUGGCCGAUUGUCCCGGCGGUAUCCAUGCAGGCUCUGCGGAGGCCUGCUCUGCCACGCUUGCUCUGCAGAUUACAAGAAGAGAGACCGCUGCUGCCCACCCUGUGCCCAGGGAGGAGAAGCCCAGGUCACCUGACCAAGACCAGCCCACGACUGGCCUCCCACCCGCUUGCCCAUCCCACUCAAUCCACUCCCUGCCCGUAGCUCUUCCCAGCCCUCUUGUUUGUCCAGUCCAAAUUCUAGACAUUGGAGAUCUAAGGCACCAGCACUUCUGUGGACAGAGUAGGGUGUGGGGAGUGGUUCCAGCCCUGCAGCUACCACAAGGAGCCAGGUGACUUUGGCGAAGCCCUCAGUGCUCAGGGCUUCUUCUCUAACGUUAGGAGUCGGGCCCCAUCCUCUCUAAAGUCCCUCUGGGAUCAGCAAAUCCAUGACUGUAGAUAAGACGCCAGCAGCCCUGACAUUUCUCCUCCACACUCCCCACUCACCCAGCACUGGUGCCCACCCUUCCUGAUUCACUAGAAGUGAAGCCUGCACUGUCUUGGGCUCUCCCGCAGCUUCUUGUCUAGAGUCAGCUUCAGGGAUCUGUGUUUGUAUUGCUGUGUUUCUUUUUAUGUUUAACAGUUUUAUUGAAGUACUACUGAUGCAUGAUAAACAUGACAGAGUGUA